AAAUAUAUAAACAAACAUUUUUGUCAACAAUAACAUUGUAUUUCUUUCAAUUUUAUUUUUAUUAAAAAAUGGAAAUAUUUGUAGGAAAUAUUCCACCUACAAUCAAGAUUGAAGAAUUAAGUUUCUUAUAUCAAUCAUUUGGUCAAAUUGUAUUUAUUGAUAUUAAAAAUCGCUGUCAACCACCAUUUGCUUUUAUAUUAUUUGACAAUAAUAGUUCUGCUUAUAACGCUGCCGUAUCAACAAAUGGCUGUACGUAUCAGGGUUAUCAGUUCCAAGUAAAGUUAUUGAUUCCUGAUGACAAUUCGCCAACAACCAAUGAUAAGUGUUUGGAACAGAAGCAGGAUGACCCACCAAAAAAAAGCAGAGAAACAAUACAAAAGAUAACUCUUCCUAAAAAUAUAAGUGUGCCAGAAAAUGGUAAACCUGGAGGAUUAGAUGAUCCACUUAGAAAUGGUAUGAGUGGCGCUGGCGUAAAGUGGUAUCUACGUUAUCUAAAAAUGGGCACUGAGCCCAAGGAGGCAAGAAUAAAAGCAUGUAUGCAUAAGUUUAUAGCAUUAGGAGAUUCGAAGCAAAUUGCCAGAAAAAAAGCUGUAAAAUAUUGCAGUACUUUAGGCUCUGGUAAUAAAAAAGUUAAAAUUACAGAAAAGAAACAAAACGUAUCGAAAAAACCGUCUAUAUCAAGGAAUAUCGUUUCAGUAGUGUAGUUAUUUUGGUGCAUAGUAUUUAAGUAUUUAUAAUGGAAGGAAAAAAAUAUUAAUCAAAGCAUGCGAUUAAUAAAUUGCACUUAACUAUUAUAACUAAAAA